AUGGUUGUGGAGAAUGGCGAGAAUUUUUCUGUUGGAGAAAGGCAGCUACUGGCUAGAGCUCUUCUCAGGAAUAGUAAGAUUUUGAUGCUUGAUGAAGGGACUGCUGCCAUUGAUACGGAGACGGAUUCUCUCGUACAGAAAACAAUCAAGGAAGCUUUUGCUGAAUGUACCAUGUUGAUUAUAGCACAUAGACUUAAUACAGUACUAGGAUGUGAUAGAAUUCUAGUGAUGGAAGAGGGAAAGGUGAGUACAUGUAAUCAAAGCACAUAGACUUAAUACAGUACUGGGAUGUGAUAGAAUUCUAGUGAUGGAAGAGGGAAA